AUGAUUAAGGAUUGCGGGAUGCUAGAAUUUCCUUGUUAUGGGGAUCAACUAUCCUGGCGUGGGAAUCGGUGUAACAACCAAGUGAUUCGUUGUCGACUUGACCGGGCUUUGGGUAAUGAGGACUGGCACGCCCUCUACCCCAAUUCGAAAGUAGAGUAUCUGGAGAUGAUUGGUUUUGAUCAUAGUCCAAUUUUAGCAACUUGCUUGACGGCAACCCGGAGACGUCAGAGACAAUUUCGGUUUGAUAAGCGGUGGUUGGGUAAGGAGGGCUUGGCUGGAGCGGUUGAGUCUGGAUGGAAUCGGACCCGGAAUUUUAGGAUCCCGGGUUUUGUUGAUAAAUUAAGGAACUGUAGGAAUUCGAUUUCCUGGUGGAGGAAAAAUAAUGUCAGUACUGGUCCAUCACUCAUCUCUUCUUUGAAGACUGCUCUGCAUGAUGCGAAGAUGGACGACUCGGUUUCGCUGGAAGAUAUUCGGGGAAUUGAGAGGAAAUUGAAAGAGGCAUACCGGGAUGAGGAGAUUUAUUGGCAACAGAAGAGUAGGAAAUUUUGGCUCAGGGUUGGGGACAAAAACACUUCAUAUUUUCAUGCAUCUACUAAACAAAGACGGGUUCGGAAUAGGAUAAUUGGUUUAUUUGGUGCAAAUAACGUUUGGGAUGAGUCAGCGUUGGGUAUGGAACAUAUAGCUACAUCAUAUUUUGAGGAGCUGUUUAAGAAAUCCGAUGGUGGAGGUAUUGCAGAAAUGCUACAGGCAAUAGAUCCAAUUGUUACGGCAGGAAUGAACAGAGAUCUCAUUAGAGAUAUCUCGGAAAAGGAAGUUAGACAAGCUCUAUUUGCNUCGUUGUCGACUUGA